AGGAUGGGGGGGUGCUUCCCUCUCUGCGUCCCAAACAAAGUGUCACAAAGAGCUCGGCCGGCGGCAGCAGCAGAGGCGGCUGCAACUCAGCUUUUGUUCUCCCGGCCUGGGUAGCUGAGCCCUGGCCUUCCAGUCUUCCAACCCUGCCCCCCAUCAUCCUUCUGGCUUAUCUUCCCGGGGAGGGGUCUGGGGUGCCGCUGGAAGAACCUCUUGUGCAGGAUCACAGGUCCUGCCCUACUUGCCAACCUACUUGUGGGAGGUGGAUUUUCCCAGAGGCUCUCCUGCCCACCCCCACCCCCUAAUCCCAGGACUGAGGCCCGUAUGGGUGCUAAGACUCUGACCAUUCUAGGGUCAGUUCCAGUUAAGGGGACUUAGGGCUCACUAUAUGCCCCCUCCCCCAAAUCUAGAACUUUCAGAAGAGGGGUCAAGUUGGGACAUGCCUCUUGAAUAAGAUUCACUGUCGUAGGGUGGCCGUAGGUGAGCAGGUGUACCCUUCCUCUUGCCCCCUGCUGUGUAUUUGGAGUUCAUGACUGAGAUUCCAUGCCCCAACUCAGGGCAGUGAGGAUGGAGGCACAGAGGUUUACCAAGAACUCAGUGUAGAAGGUGGGCAAGCUGUGGUGUGGGAUCAGUUUGGAGGAGCUACCUGAACCGUGGGGUUCAGAGGGCCAUGGAGAGGAGACUAUAAAAAUGAACUACUGGGAUGUUUGUGUGAUAAAGGUGGUCUUGACUCUAGACCACCUACGAAGCUCCUUUUCUUUAACCCCAUCUAGUGCAGUGUUAAUCAUGAUUGUUAGAGGUGUAGGAUUCUCAGCAGCAGGAAAAAUAUCAAGUAUUAGAAGUGAUAAGUGACAGAUGCCUAGUCACAAUUGUACCUCAGAAGUUCUGAACCUUUGCCCCUUACACUUUGACCCUAAAAACUUUUGAACUACAAGGCUUGAGAGACAAUUUUCAUGGUCCUCCAGUCAGCGGACAUUUCUUGGUACCUGUCCGUGUCUGUGAGCCUUCUCACCAAGCCUUCCAUUCUUUCCUACUCAGUAAGGCUUGGUGGUCCACACCCCCUUCUCCACCAGCUCUCCUAGCACAUAAAAGUAAUUGGUCUGUUGCUUUGGGAAGAUUUCUGAUCCCUAUCCCUGGCCUUGCACCCCUGUAGAACCCAAAUAAGGGCAAGAUAACCCCUAAUUCCCAGUGUGGGAGGAAAGUAGGUCAGUGCUACUGUCUGGCCAAGUCUAGUGAAUGGUGUUUAGGGCCUGACUGUAGAAAACUCUGUUGAUUAUUGCCCACAAGCAAUACAUGCAUGACCUAGGUUCUAAGCUAGUUCAUAGAAUCUUGGGUCUUGUCAGUGCUUUCUCCUACUGAGAAAAACUCAUGGGAUUAGGUGGCUGGGACCUGGUUUGGUGUGGAGGUGAUUCAGAUCUGGAUUAUGCCUAGAGGGUCUCUUAAGUGGGUUUUAUUGAUUUAAGGCCACCCUUUGGGGAAAGUUUCCCUACUACCUGCUCAGGAAUAUAGCUUCAAUGUGCGUCUUCUUGUAUAUUACUGUAUUUCUGUCCUAGAAACUGCUAUGUGCAAAGCAGGUUUUUGUGUUGUUGUUUUUUUUGCUGGGGUUGGGGGGGGGGGAAGCUUUGCCCUAUUCCUACUCUACUUGCCUCAGAUAUGAGGUCAACUUCCCCUGAAGUAUUUUGUGUAUUAUCCUACAGGCAGUUUCAGGAGCCCUAGAAUCUUCUCAGAAUCAGUAUGUGCCCAUAGGUUAGUCAGCUAUGACCAUGCAGUAUUCCCAGCCUUUCCCCUCCUCCCCCACCAUCUGCUUCUUCUGAAUAUACCAGAUUGGCUGUACACCAGGAUGUUCUGGGAAUCCCCAGGAGAGCAACAGAAUGUGAUGGACCCAAAUACGAUGCCUCACUCACUCAUUCCAGGAUGUACAAACUGUAACUGUCAGGACACUCCUUAUAGCUAAUUAAAAUUCUUCUAGUUACAUGUAUUUUCUGUUACAUCUAUCUAUUUUCAGUGUCAUCCAAAAGGCAAAAAUAAUCCCUCUGGUACCACUGUUCUCCCCCACCCCCCAAUGGCUCCCAGAGAGGAAUUUAAAAAAAUCUUCUAGCUUUUCUUAGUGCCCUAAUUGUGGUGCUAAAAUGUCAAAUGUGGCCCCUCUAGCACUUCAUAGCUCUAUCUGUGGUACUGAGGUGGCCACAGUGGCUCCUCUGGUAGCCCACUGCACUCUCCAUGGUACUGAAGGGAUGACCAUUUGUUUUAACUUCUCUCUGGGGUCCAGAAGAGUCCUGUGACUCAGAACUACAAAAUUCUCUACCUGGAAGGGACCAUCAGUAUAAAUUAGUCCAACCCCAUUAUUUUACAGAUGAGUAAACUGGGACGUUAAAUGAUUUACUGAAGGUUGCAGGGCUGUUAAUGGUCAGAUUGGGCCCACAAUAACUUUGUACCCCUCAGUCCUAUUCUACAUCUUUCAUGAUACUACUCACUGAGGCUGACUAAGCUCUUGGUCCCAGGAAAGGGCUUUAUUUGGAGAAUCCAGAAGAUGAGGGUGGAUGCCCUAAUUUGGAGCUACAGAAAUACAAAUAUUAAAAGUGUGGUGGAGAUUGUUCAGUGACCCUUGGACAAGGACACUUUCUUAAUUAACCUCCUGUUAAUAAAAUUCCCAUAACCCAGAUUCUACAUGUAACAGGUACUUGCCUGUUCAUGGAGUCUUACCACAUCCAGUAAAUAUCAAAAAUUAAAGAAACUUGGACUUCCAGAGCUGCUUUUCUUUGCUGAUAAGCAGGGCUGACUUCUGGCCCAAUUCUCAGUUCUCUCCCAUUAAAGAUCCUUAAGCGAAGUAAUGCUUGAGUCCUUUUCUUUCUUAGUAACCCAUUUCAUGCCUAUUGUAAGGAAGUUCUUUAUAUUUCAAAUGUUCUUUCUAUUUCAGGUGAAAAAAAUUGAUUAAGUCCACAUUUGUCCAACCUUGACCAGAUAAAAUUCUAUAUGUAAGCAGGAAGGUAUACUGACCGACUUCUGGUCAUCCUCCCAGGCCUAUUUCCACGAAUCUUAAUUCUGGGAUUGCUUCUAAAUCUUAAUGCUAACCUCCUCUGCAGCUUAGGACCAUGAACCCUCCACCCCCUCCGCCCCCAGUCCCCUUCCUCUCAGUGUUCUUCUCCUUCCUCAGAGCUGGAGCUCUGGAGCUCUGCACAUCCCAGGCCCAGGGAAUUUUAGCCUGGAGAGUUUUAACCCUUUCCUGCCCAGAGCAUGUGCUGAGCCCCUAUCUGUGCAGAUGGCCCAGCCCCGCCCCCCGUCCCUCACUCCAGCCUCUUGAGCUCAGAGCCAGUGUAAUCCUCCUCUUGUGUGAGGGAGCCUCUCCCCUGCAGAGAGGAGGAAAGCCUGCUUCGGAACAGCCUUGGACAAAGGGGCUGAGAUGCCCCAUCAAACUGCAGGCUCCAAGGUUUGAAACACGGGGAUGAAUCCUACCUGGUAUUUGCAGUUUUUAACCCCUUCCCCAGACCAGCAGCACCCCUUAACUUCUACUCCUCCCCCAACUCUCUCUUCAUUCCCUCUCCUCCUGGCUCUCUCCCCCUUCGUACCCCUCCCCCUCUGUCUGUCUCCAGACUGCUGCUGCUGGGAGGUGUUUCUCUCCCAUGCAUGAAUGAGUCUCUGUAAUGAAUGGAAAUGAAUGGAUCAGGAAUCCAGGCGAGGGAGGGAGAAUGAGGGGGAAAGACAGGGUAAGAGCAAAGGAAGAGCUGUGGAGUCUGGAAGGAUGUUUGGCUGGCUGGUCAGUUAGGUGUCUGAGAGCAACUGGUCCCACUUGAAUAGCUGUGGAGCAUGGCAAGCCCACCCCAUUUGCUCAUCCAGCUGCACAGCCCAGUCUAAAUGAGAGAGGGCUGUACUGUGAUGGUCUCCCCCACCACCAGGGGGUGGUGGUGAUGGGGGGGUGGUAGUCGUUCUGGACCAGGCAUUUAAAAUGUAUUUGGGGGAAAUCUAUCUUCUCAGGGAGCCUUGGGGGUUGGUAAAUCAAGGAAUACAAAUUCGAGGACAGUAGUCCCCUCUUGCCUCAGGAUGUAAGGAGGGGGAAGGGGUAGGUUUCAGGAAUACAGGAUGCUAGGAGUUUGGGGUUGGGAGCGACUUAUUUUACAUUGCUGAGAAUCAGGACUUAUCUUUUCCUCCAAAUCUAUCUCUUGCUUUAGCUCUUCAGCACCUGUUGCCUUCAUUAGCAGCUUUUCCUCCUCUUCCCUGCACUCCCCAGAACCAAAGAAUGUGAAAGGGGUCCAUGGAGGGCUCACGUCCCCGCGCCCUGGGCGGCCACUUAACGCCGUCACCCCCGGCCUUCGACGGCGAACUGGAUCUGCAGCGCUACUCCAAUUCCAACGGGCCAGGCCUGAGCGCAGGGUCUGCAGGAAUGGGAGCUGUGGGCUGGUCUGAGAGCCGAGCUGGUGAACGGCGCUUCCCCUGCCCUGUGUGCGGGAAGCGCUUCCGCUUCAACUCCAUCCUGGCUUUGCACCUGCGGGCGCACCCAGGCGCCCAGGCCUUCCAGUGUCCGCACUGCGGCCACCGUGCCGCGCAGCGGGCCCUGUUGCGCUCGCACUUGCGCACGCACCAGCCCGAGCGCCCGCGCAGCCCCGCCGCACGCUUGUUGCUGGAGUUGGAGGAGCGCGCGCUAUUGCGCGAGGCCCGGUUAGGGAGAGCCCGAAGCUCAGGGGGCCUGCAGGCCAGCCCCGACACUGAGGGCCUGGCGCGGCCCCAGGCCCCUUCGACAUCUGCCUUCCGUUGCCCCUUCUGCAAAGGCAAGUUUCGCACCGCCGCGGAGCGCGAACGCCACCUGCACAUCCUGCACAGGCCCUGGAAGUGCGGCCUAUGCAGUUUCGGCUCCAGCCAGGAGGAGGAGCUGCUGCACCACAGCCUGACGGCCCACGGAGCUCCUGAGCGCCCUCUGGCGGCCACAUCUGCUGCCCCCCAGCCCCAGCCUCCACCCCAACCUGAACCCAGACCAAUCCCCGAGCGGGAGCCGGAGCCAGAGCCAGAGCCAGAGCUGGAGCCUGAACGUGAGGCAACUCCUGCCCCUGCUCCUGCUGCUCCUGAGGAGCCCCCUGCGCCUCCAGAGUUCCGUUGUCAAGUGUGUGGCCAGAGCUUCACGCAGUCCUGGUUUCUCAAGGGCCACAUGCGCAAGCACAAGGCCUCUUUUGAUCAUGCGUGUCCCGUCUGUGGCCGUUGCUUCAAGGAGCCCUGGUUCCUUAAGAAUCACAUGAAGGUGCAUGCCAGCAAGCUGGGCCCACUGCGUGCCCCGGGGCCUGGUUCUGGGCCUGCCCGGGCCCCCCAACCUCCUGACCUGGGCCUGCUGGCCUACGAGCCGUUGGGCCCUACUCUCCUCCUGGCUCCAGCGCCCACCCCGGCUGAGCGCCGUGAGCCUGCAAGCCUCCUGGGCUAUCUGAGCCUGCGAGCUGGUGAAGCCCGGCCCAAUGGUGAGGGUGCUGAGUCUGGGGCUAGCCGCAGCUUUGGAGGCUUUCGCCCCUUGCCCUCUGCUCUCCCAGCCCGGGCUCGCAGGCACCGCACUGAGGAGCCUGAGGAAGAAGAGGAGGUGGUGGAGGCCGAGGAGACCUGGGCCCGAAACAGGGCGCUGGGCCCACUGGCUUCACUGCACCCGCGCCCAGGGGAGGGGCCAGGGCACUCUGCAUCUGCUUCGGGGGCCCAGGCAAGGCCUACUGCCACCCAGGAAGAGAAUGGGCUAUUAGUUGGAGGGACCCGGUCUGAAGGGAGCCGGGGGGCCACCGGCAAAGAUUGUCCCUUCUGCGGAAAAUCUUUCCGCUCGGCGCAUCACCUCAAGGUACACCUGCGAGUGCACACAGGCGAACGCCCCUACAAGUGUCCACACUGCGACUACGCAGGCACCCAAUCUGGCUCGCUCAAGUAUCACCUGCAGCGCCACCAUCGGGAGCAGAGGAGCGGGGCUGGCCCUGGGCCACCACCAGAGCCACCCCCUUCCCAGAGGGGUUCGGCCCAGACAUCUGGAGCUAAGACAGCUCAGCAGUCUGCAACUUGGGUGGAGGGUACCUCGAAUCCCCGGCCUUCCAGCGGCACCGCACCAGGGUCCCGUAGGAAGCCUGCCAGUCCUGGGAGGACCCUGCGCAACGGGCGAGGCGGUGAGGCCGAACCCCUGGACCUGUCCCUGCGGGCGGGGCCGGGAGGCGAGGCUGGGCCAGGGGGUGCCCUCCACCGUUGCCUCUUUUGCCCCUUCGCCACUGGAGCUCCUGAGCUCAUGGCCUUGCACCUGCAGGUGCACCACAGUCGCCGGGCUCGGGGCCGCCGACUGCCCCAGGCUGAUGUGUCCCUGCCCUAUGUCCGAGCACCAUCAGGAGAGACCCCUCCCAGUCCUCCUCUGCAGGAAGGGGAGGAGGGCCCCGGGCUGUCGAGAUCUGGAGAUGUGGGGUUGGGGGGGCAAGAACGGUAGGGGGCCCCUUAGGGAGCUCUCUUAGGGGCCGUUAGUUUAGUGAGCUUACCCCGCCAGAGCAGGGGAGCGCUAGAGGUAGUUGGGUAGAGCAGCCAGCAGGGAGCAGUGUGGAACCCAUAUCCCAGCCCCAGGUGGACCAGAGGUAAAGGGUGUGGAGGGCAUAGGAGGGUGGGUGGGCAGUAUGCACUCAGCCCAGGGGAGUCACAGUGCCUUAGAAGUGGCAGGGGCGAGGAUCAAAGAAUGGGUUCCCAGGGCUGGCAGAGAGGGUUGUGCCCCUGUUGAGGAGAUGCUCUGCCAGUCCUUGCUGGUUCAUAGGCAUGAGAGUUUAUUUUUGUACAAUGGGUGGGGGUGGGGGGCACUGUACCCUUCUAAGCCCCUUCAGGGGCCCUGUAGACGUCGCUAUUUUUGGUACGAUUCCUGUCAUCCCUGUCGCAGAGUUGUGUCCCCAAUAAACAGGUGUCUUGAGGCACAGGACACUGUGUCUGUCUGCCUAUGUCCUG